AUGGAAUCUUCGUCGUUUUGGCGUCGUCAUCAGUCGUCCCUUGAGGGCAUAAUCAACUUUCAUGAUCCCCAGCCCCUACCUGCGGAUCAGCGUCACCAUGCUCAGCGCCGGUUUUACAAAAUUGUCAACAAUUUUGAUGAUGGUAACAGAACAAGUGGAUACAAGCGCUCUUUGCUGGUCCGCUAUACUUAUGAGUAUUCGCGCUCUGAGUUAUCGAAGGAUACAUUUUUACGUGCUUUCUUCGAAUUCAUGGAGGUAGAUUUUGUUGGCGAAGGGGAUAGAGACUUUGAUGAUCAGGCUCAGGUAGGCAGGAAGCUGGCCGAAUUUGCAGAUUUCCUCCUAGACAAUUUCUAUCUGCCGAUGAAAGCUACUAGCAAGAACACUCUACAACCCACCCCAGCCCACCUAUCGGUGGUCCAGAGAGUACAGGGAAGACUGCACGAAUUUACCGGGACUCUAGAGCGAUUAUCCUUUCUUCGGGGCCUUUGUCUCGUCCGCGAUCGCCAUCGAUGUGUUAUAUCGCGUGCAUUUGAUAAGCAAGAGGCAGUAAAUCGUCUGAAUCUGCAUGGUGAUAAUGCUCAAGACGACGAAGGGAAACUGCUUCGACGCCCGUUUGCUUACUUGGAAGUGGCCCAUAUACUUCCACACUCCCUAACACAAGCGGAUGCAAAUUCUGAACUGAGUGAUUCCAAGAAAGCAGCGCUUAUGAUUCUCAACAUGUUCGACUGUGAUGUUUCACAUCUUGUUGACGGCAUCAAUAUUGACCGACCAUCCAAUGCUAUAAGCCUGACCCACGACUUUCAUCGGCAUUUUGGCAACUUUGAUGUUUACUUUGAACCUGUUGCGGACCAGGAGCAUACUUAUCAGAUUAAGAGCUUUCUCCCUUCACUCGCAUUAGAAGGAAUCCCUGUCACUCGUACACUCUAUCUUGCAGACGACCAGUCAAUAGAUCCGCCUUUGCCCCGGCUACUUGCGAUUCACAACGCCAUUGCUCAUAUCCUUCACCUCUCCGGCGCAGGUGAAUAUAUUGAUAAAAUUCUCCGGGAUAUGGAAGAAACGGGUGUGCAACGGGAUGGGUCCACAAACCUCGGCCGGAUAGUGAAGUUGAAAUUGGCUGGUUGGCUGAACGACGCAGUUGAUGUCCAUUAA